ACCUACGUGGCGACUUUACCGAGUGGAACCAAAGAGUAGAGAUGGAUCCUUGCAGUCACGAAAGCUUCAAAUCUGGAGUUACGGGCACCCUCACUCCACACGAACUAAAGUUGUCCAGUCAAUUCAAUUCCACCGUUGUUUAAAUUUUUUUUUUUUAAAGGCGUUUAUUUUUUUGCCGUUCUCCGCUUUGUUGACCUCAGACCUGCGCGCAGGCGGAGGAGGAGGAGGAGGUGGGGGAGGUGAAGAUCUGAGCGGUCACGAUGCCCGUGGGCAAGUGGGCGAGGAGGUGGAGGAGGUGGAGGAGGUGGAGGAGGUGGGGGAGGGGCCGCAUGGAGAAGCAGCGAGCUGGGACGGCGAGCAAAGCAGAGCCGACGGGGAGACGGAGUUGAGCGGCGUUGGCUCCUGCCGCCCGCCGCCGCCGCCGCCGGCGCCGCCGCCCCCGGCGAACCGCAAGCGCGUCGUCCUCUCGGUGCAGACCAAGCUGGACAUCCUGCGUCGUCUGGAGCGCGGCGAGUCGGUGGCGAGCCUCGCCCGCGAGCACAACGUCGGCCUCAGCACCGUGUACGCCACCAAGGCGGCCAAGCAGAGGCUGCGGCGCUUCAAGAGGGCCAUGGACAUCGACGCGGGCACCGCCGGCAUCAAGGUGAUGCGCAACUCCAAGUUCCCGAGCUGAACGCGGCCGUGCACGCCUGGCUGUGGGAGCGGUGCGCCGCCGGCACGGCCGUCACGGGCCCCAUGCUCAUGCGCCAGGCCGGGGCGCUGCACCGGCGGCUGGGCAUCAAGGAGCCGUUCGCCGCCAGCGCCGGGUGGCUGCGCGGGUUCCGGAAGCGUCGCGGCGUCGAGGGGCUCCUCGCCACGGCCGAGGGGCCGCCCGCGCGGCCGCCGCCGCCGCCGACGCCGUCCGGCGAGGAGGCCGCGGCCGCGCGGCCCCCGACGGCCCUCGGCGAGGUGGGGCCCGAGGGAGGUUCAGCGGAGUUCCGCUCGUUCGCUCGGCGCGGCCCGGACGGGCGGCUGUGCGGCGAGCAGCUGUACCGCGCGCACGAGGGCCGCCUGCUCUGGCGGAGGCUGCCGGGGGCCGGCGGCGGCGGCGGCGACGACGGCCGGCUGACGCUCCUCGCCUGCUGCAACGCGGCCGGCACUCACCGCCUGCCGCUCGCGGUCUUCGGCGCGGAGGCCGCCGGCGAGGCGUUCGGCGACGCCGACCCGGAGCUGCUGCCCGUCCACUACUACCGCCGGGGCGGCGGUGAACGCGGUGGUGAAGACGGCGGCGAAGACGGCGAAGGCGGCGGCGACGUCACCGGGGAGCUCUUCCGCUCGUGGUUCGCGAGCCGAUUCGUCCCCGCCGUGUCCGAGCGACUCCGCCGCCUGGGCCUGCCCCGGCGGGCCGCUCUGAUCGCGGACGCGGGGCCGGGGCGCCGGGCCCGCGGCUCGCCGAGCCUCGGGGACUUCGCCGUCUUCGGCCCGCCGGGGGCGGCGGCGGCAGCGGCGGGGCCCCGCCGACGGCCCGCGGGUCGCGGCGUCCUGCGGGGCCUCCGGCUGCGCUACCGGCGAGCCAUGCUGCGGCGCCUGGCCGCCGCCGGUGCCGCCGCCGGUGCCGGCGCCGCCUGGGGCCUUGCCGAGGCGGUGAGCGACUGCGCCCGGGCGUGGCGACAGGUGCCCGGGCGGCUGCUGCGUCGCUCCUGGCUCGACCUGUGGCCGGUGGACGCGGACGGUGGCGACGACGGUGGAGGAGGAGCGAUGGAGUACCUGGAGGAGCAGGCGGACUCGAGGCGGAGCCACGUGGCCACGCUCGCCGCGAUGCGGAGGAGGGCGCUGGCCAAGAGGUCGCGGGGUCACGGCGAGAGGGCCGGGGUCACGGGGGGCGGAGGAGGGGGCGGAGGGGGGCCGUGA